GCCUUUCGAAUAUGUUAACCCCGAAUUUGUGUUCGAAAGAAUCCCAUGGUGGGAGAGAAUCUGUUGAUUGAGCCAAUAGGUUUUAUAUUUGAUUAGUUGGCGAUGAGCAGUCUAGAUUGUAUUCUUGGGCUGUCGGUGUUUUUUUUUUUUUUUUGUUUAGCAUAAGACUCUGUUUGUUUUGGUUCUGUUGUAUUCCAUGGUCGUAUUGGUUGAGUUUUCUCGGUGUUAGUAUAAAAUUUUACUACCUUAACCAAAAAUAAAUAAAGAAAGAAAGAAAGACAAAAGUCAUAACAUGACGCAUGCGCUGCUGUCAUCAGUCCACAAUUUCUGUUUGGGUCUCCCUGGAUAAUGGAUAUACUAUCUAUUUCUGGGAAGGAUCACCUCCAGUCUUCCCUCUUUUUCUCUCUCUGCACACACGCUAUUUAGUAUAUAUAUUGGUCUUGAAGUGGAUACUCAAGGAUGCAAGAGAUCAUGGAGAUCGAGGAGGAUAUUGUGAUAGUGGGUGGUGGUAUAGCUGGCCUCACCACAGCCUUAGGCCUUCACAGGUUAGGACUGCGGAGCUUAGUGCUUGAAUCAUCAGAGGGCUUAAGAAUUGCGGGUUUUGCUCUUACUCUGUGGGCCAACGCUUGGAGGGCAUUGGAUGCUGUAGGCAUUGGAAACUCUCUAAGGGAACAUUACCCUCUGAUUACCAGGUUACAAGUUACUUCUUCGGUUUCGGGUGUUACUUCAGAGAUUGAACCACCUGACAAACAAGGUAGAGGUUAUGAAGGUCGUUGCGUAAGAAGGAAGGAGUUACUUGAGACUUUGGAGAGGGAAUUGCCCCAUGGCACCAUCCGGUACUCUUCUAAGGUUGUUUCUAUCGAGGAUAUGGGGUACCACAAAUUGUUGCACCUAGUUGAUGGUUCCACCCUCAAAACCAAGGUGUUGAUUGGUUGUGACGGAGUUAAUUCAUCGGUUGCGAAGUGGCUGGGUCUUCAAAAACCUGUUUAUUCUGGGCGUUCAGCCAUGAGGGGCUUUGUUCAGUACCCUGAUGGUCAUGGCUUUCAGCCAAGGUUUCAUGUCUACUUUGAAGGAGGAAUUCGCUAUGGUUAUCUUCCAUGUGAUGACAAGUGCUUGUACUGGUUUUGCACUUUCAAUUCCUCUCUCCAACAUGAUGAAGACAUGCAAGAGAAUCCAGCUAAGAUGAAGCAGUUUGUGUUGAGCAAGAUCAGCCAUUUACCCCAACGAGCAGCUGCAGUUGUGGAACUAACUGAAUUGGAUAGCAUCUCAUGUGCUCCUUUGAAACUAAGAUUGCCUUGGAAUCUCUUACUGGGAAAUAUCUCCAAAGGAAAUGUUUGUGUUGCCGGCGAUGCCCUUCAUCCGAUGACACCUGACAUCGGUCAAGGUGGCUGCUCAGCUCUGGAGGACAGUGUUGUUCUUGCUAGGUGCCUCGCGGAAGCUUUAUUGAAAAAACCCAGAAAUGUGAUUCAAAAUGAAGAAGAAGAAUAUGUAAGGAUUGAGAAAGGGUUGGAGAAGUUUGCAAAGGAGAGGAGAUGGAGGAGUUUUAGUCUCAUAAGUGCUGCAUAUGUGGUGGGUUUCAUACAGGAAACGGAUGGAAAAGUGAUGAGGUUCUUGAGAGAGAAAUUUCUGUCGCGAUUCACAGCCAGUAGUGUGUGGAAGAUGGCUGACUUCCAUUGUGGCGAGCUCAACAUUUCUGGAAGUGAUUAAAUCUGUCUGUUAUUUGUUGAUCAAUGUGGUCUACAUUGAGAGUUCAUGAAGUUCAAAGCAUGAAUCCUUGCUGAAGGAAGUAACUAGUCAGUUAUUCAGUUAUUGCAUUGGGACAGUUGAAACUUGAAACCUAGGAAUUUGAGGUUAAAUAAGACAAAAUAAAUUAGAGGGGUCAGUUUAUUAGUGUUGUACUGAAUAACUAAGAGCAUCUCCAACAGAAUUAAUUUAUUUUCCGUCUUGCUUUUUGUGAAGAAAGUAGAAAAAAUAAGAAUUGUACCAUUGAAGUUUAUAGUAAAAUAAGAGGGUAUACUUUUUCA